GCUUAUUAACCUUAUGUGUGACAGCACCAGUCGGGCUUCUUUUCUUCUCUUCUAUGAUGUGACUGACAUCAUUUCAGUUUGGUCCAGGAUCGUGCAGUCCCUGCACAAGUCUGUCACUGGUUCUGUUAGGGGGAGCUUGACAUGAAACUCUCAUCAGCUUCGUGUGACGAGCACGAGAGCCGCCAGUGUUUUCUGUGACGUAGGCCAGCCGCACACUGCACUUUGGAGAGCUGCGAGAGGCGAAGAAAAGCAUGCGCUUCUCUCUUGUGGACGCAACCGGCUGCUCUUAUAAGGUCCAUUCUCUGAAUUGUCGGACACUUUGAUAUGAGACCAAUCAGGACUGGAGAGGGAGGGUCCUGGGAUUUUCCCGUGUGAGUCGAACCUACACUUGCAGGCGAUCAGGGUUGAUAUUAACCUGAAGACAUGACAAUUUCUCUGACAGAACUAUGAUCAGCGCUGAUCUCUAACUAAAGACACGGAGGAAAAGGUGAAUUUUCACAUCACUUUUUUUGUUUGCGGAUGCUGGAUCGAAACUCAGUGAAGGAAUUUGACUGAACAGGUUUAAUGUGAUGUUACUAACUGCUGGAGACACAAGACAACUGGCUGACUUGCGAAGCUGACGAAAAAACCUCUUCUUACUAGGAUAAAAAAGAUUCCUGAAGAUUUACCGGUGAUAUUUGGCAGGUUUAUCCCCCAGAAAGAAAUCUGCUGGCCUCUCAGCUUGCCUAGGUCCAGUUAUUGUUAACCAGAGACAGAUGGAUAAAACGGAGUUAGCUACAAGCAGAGGUCUCUGAAAGAAUGUGAAGCUGGAGCUGUAGAGACGAGAAAGGUGUUCUUGCCACAGGAACCUGUACUACAGGAAAUCUGCAAGGUCACUGCUCCAAAGUGGACCUGCCUGCAAUGGUCAACCCUGCCCCAAGUGAAGGGAUAUUCCAUGUUCUGGCCCAGCCUUCCGUUAUCACACAGCCUGCACUGUCAUUUGACUGUUGAUUGUGUGAUAAUAUCAACACUUACUUUUUCCACACCUCUUGUCACUGCAAAAAUGGUGAGGGAGUCAAAGCCCCUGACUCUUUACAGUCACUGCUUUCUCUCUGUGCUGAUGCUAAAGAGCUGCUGGCUGCAAGGUUCCACCUCCCAGAAGCCUGCUGUGUUAGCAGACUCCCAGCAGGGCUCACAGGAGUAUACCCAUUCAAUCCGCCUGGAUGGUGACAUCAUUCUGGGUGGGUUGUUCCCUGUGCAUUCCCGUGGUGAGAGGGGGAUGCCAUGUGGUGAAUUGAAGAAGGAGAAAGGCAUCCAUCGACUGGAGGCCAUGCUAUUUGCCAUCGACCUCAUCAACAAAGACCCAGACGUGCUGCCCAAUGUGACACUUGGGGCACGAAUCUUGGACACAUGUUCACGUGACACCUAUGCCUUGGAGCAGUCCCUUACUUUUGUCCAGGCACUAAUUGAGAGGGAUGGCUCUGAUGUUCGCUGCACUAAUGGUGAUCCUCCCAUCUUUGCGAAGCCAGAUAAAGUUGUGGGAGUCAUCGGCGCAUCGGCCAGCUCUGUAUCGAUCAUGGUGGCGAACAUCCUGCGACUGUUUAAGAUUCCUCAGAUCAGCUAUGCGUCGACAGCUCCAGAGCUCAGUGACAACACACGCUAUGACUUCUUCUCCCGUGUGGUUCCUCCCGACUCCUACCAGGCUCAGGCCAUGCUAGACAUUGUGACAGCGAUGGGCUGGAACUACGUGUCCACCCUUGCCUCAGAGGGAAACUACGGCGAGAGCGGCGUUGAUGCUUUUGUCCAGAUCUCCAGAGAGUUGGGAGGGGUGUGCAUUGCUCAGUCUCUGAAAAUUCCUCGUGAGCCGAGACCUGGAGAGUUUGAUAAGAUAAUCCUCCGUUUAGUGGAGACACCCAAUGCCCGCGCUGUCAUCAUGUUCGCCAAUGAAGACGACAUUCGGAGAAUCCUGGAUGCAGCAAAAAGCAACAAUCUGACAGGUCACUUCCUGUGGGUGGGAUCCGACAGCUGGGGGUCCAAGAUCUCUCCGGUAGUCCAGCAGGAGCGGGUAGCCGAAGGCGCCAUCACCAUCCUUCCUAAGAGGGCAUCUGUGGAUGCAUUUGACCGUUACUUCAAGAGUCGCUCUUUGUCCAAUAACCGCAGGAACAUAUGGUUUGCUGAGUUCUGGGAGGAAAACUUUAGCUGUAAACUGGGCAUGCAUGGCAAGAGACCUGGCAGUCCCAAGAAAUGUACAGGGUUGGAGAAAGUUGGCCGUGACUCCAUCUAUGAACAAGAGGGGAAGGUGCAGUUUGUGAUGGACGCCGUCUACGCGAUGGCCCAUGCUCUGCACCACAUGCACCGUGAGCUCUGCCCAGGGUACCUUGGCCUGUGCCCUCGUAUGACCAACAUUGAUGGAAGAGAGCUGCUGACCCAUAUCCACGCCGUCAACUUCAAUGGAAGUGCAGGGACUCCAGUCAUCUUUAAUGAGAAUGGGGAUGCUCCCGGACGCUAUGACAUCUUCCAAUAUCAGAUCAACAACAGGUCGGUGGCAGAGUACAAGGUCAUCGGGCACUGGACCAAUCAGUUGCAUCUAAAUAUGGAGGCCUUACAGUGGACAACUGGGGACUUGUCCCUUCCGGGUUCAGUAUGCAGCCUGCCCUGCCUCACUGGUGAGAGGAAGAAAGUAGUAAAGGGUGUGCCGUGUUGCUGGCAUUGUGAGCGCUGCGAGGGAUACCACUUCCAGGCCAGUGAGUUCACCUGUGAGCUCUGUUCCUACGAGAAGAGACCCAACCAAAACCGUACUGGCUGCCAACCAAUCCCCAUCAUCAAGCUAGAGUGGCACUCGCCCUGGGCAGUGGUGCCUGUCUUCAUCUCUGUUCUAGGCAUUAUCGCUACAACCUUUAUCAUCGUAACCUUUAUUCGCUACAAUGACACACCCAUUGUGCGUGCCUCAGGUCGGGAAGUGAGCUAUGUCCUGCUGACAGGUAUUUUCCUAUGUUAUAUCAUCACCUUCCCCAUGAUUGCUGCUCCUGAUAUUGUCGUCUGCUCCUUCCGCCGCAUUUUCCUGGGCCUUGGAAUGUGCUUCAGUUAUGCUGCGCUGCUCACCAAGACUAACCGUAUCCAUCGCAUCUUCGAACAGGGAAAGAAGGCAGUGACAGCACCACGCUUCAUUUCGCCAGCCUCGCAGCUAGUUAUUACUUUCUCACUCAUCUCAGUUCAGCUGUUGGGUGUCCUCCUGUGGUUUGCUGCUGACCCACCACAUACCUUUGUGGACUACGGGGAGCAGCGCACACAGGAUCCUGAGAAUGCACGGGGUGUCCUGAAGUGUGACAUUUCUGACCUAUCACUUAUCUGCUCCUUGGGAUAUAGCAUUCUCUUGAUGGUCACAUGCACUGUUUAUGCUAUCAAGACCCGAAGUGUGCCAGAGACCUUCAAUGAAGCCAAACCCAUUGGAUUUACAAUGUACACCACCUGUAUUAUCUGGCUUGCCUUCAUCCCUAUCUUCUUUGGCACAGCACAGUCAGCAGAGAGGAUGUACAUCCAGACGGCGACACUGACGGUGUCUCUGAGCCUCAGUGCUUCUGUCUCUCUGGGCAUGCUCUAUAUGCCAAAGGUGUACAUCAUCAUCUUCCACCCCGAGCGGAACGUCCCCAAACGUAAACGCAGCUUCAAGGCCAUCGUCACCGCUGCCACUAUGACCAGCAAGCUGUCACACCUGGCAGCUGAGCGGCCCAACGGCGAAGUGAAGACUGAGCUUUGUGAGGGUAUGGAAGCUAGUGUGCCACCUCCAAAAACGACCUAUGUGAGCUACACCAACCAUGCGAUGUGAAGAUAUAACGACUUUGGCACAAAGACCUUUUGGGACAUUUAAUAUGCACAUUUUUGUCAGAUUUUGAGGAAAGGACACCACCACAGGCUAUGACAGAAACGAGGUACUCUGAACAAUUUCAAGAUCAGAGGGAGUCUGUGGAGUUUUUUUUUGUUUGUUUGUUUUUUUCUGUUUACAGACAGCAGGGAACAGACCUCAGCGGAGCAAAAAGCCUAAAAAUAAAGUAAAAUCCAUCUGAAAAAUAUUAAGGAAACAAGAAGAUGGUAACUGGAGACUCAAGCAAAAUUUUUGUUUAAAUACAUUUUUUAAAAAUCUUCUGAAAGAAAUUGUGGGGACUAACUGUGUUUGUUGCUAUUCUAAUUGUAUGUUGACAACAAAAACAACUUAAUAGUGGUUGUGAAAAUUCUGAUUUUGUCUGAUGUUGUGUGUCCAUUGACGUGCAUUUUGAGAUGAUACUGUCACUGUUUUUGACUAACUGGUUGGCAGGUUUUGGUUGUGAUAUGAUUAAAUGCCAUGGUUUAACUAACGCAUGCACUUUUUAUACAAAGGCUCUAUUUAUAAUAAAAAAAUGUUUCUCAAGUCGUAGCCAUUCUUUGUUCUAUUUGAAGGGGGAAGUCUGAAAAAGAAUAAAUGGACAAAAUUAAAACUUUUCAUUUCAUAAUGACUGUGGCAACUUUUUGAUUUCCCAUUUAUUUCAAACUGGCGUUGUCAUCUCAAUGACAAAAAGUUUAUGUUAUGGAAACACUGCUGAUCCCUAAGUGCAAGGCUUCAGGAGUGCAUUUUCUUAAUGUUCUUGAUAGAGGGUGGGUUGAUUUCUUAUGUCAACAUGCAACCUGGUGUUAGGGAAAUGCUAUUGAAUAAAAUAAGUGUAUAUUAAGGUGGUCGUAGAUUCAAAAGUGAAUCCAAUUAAUGUCCUAAACAUCUCUUUCUAAAGACCAAUAGGGCCAAUUUGUUAGCAAAAGAAAGAGUCUUUAAAGUGGACAUGCAAGGUUAAUUUGAAACAUGGAACCCUACUCUACAGUCUUCUUCAUUUACAUUUGGGCUUCAAUUCUCCUCCCUUUUAAUAUGAAGUAAUCCACUCAGUAAGAAGUAGUGAUAUAAGAAAUUCUUAACCAAAGCAUGUGAAUAAGGUCUCCAAAAAGUAUGGCAUCUCUUCUCUGGAGGCUUCUUUUCGGUCUGUCACACACACGUCAACCUAUUUUCCCUAAAGACCUGCUGAUGGAUGUUAGGAUUCCUAACACGGUUCAGUAAGAAAUUUUGUUAUGUUUGUGUUGUGACAUAUAUGGUAAUCUGAAUGUAUAAAGUGUUUGUAUGUGCUUGGGAAAAAUACUUUUAUUGCAUAAAAUAGUGCUCACCAUAUCUUAUGGACAUCUGCUCUGCCAGCUGAUUGUGCCACUGAGUCUGUUGACCUGUCCCAACAAGGAAAAAUCAACACUCUCAACUUAAACAGACUCUUCUCAACACAAACCUCAUUUAUAAAGUGCUCUAAAAACCUGGGCAUUACAGCAAACAGGUGGAUUCUCUUUUUUCAGUGUGGCUAGCCAGUAAAAGUUUUUAUUUACGAAAUUACAUACAAUCACACCUCUCCAGGUCUCACUGCCCCAUUGCCCACCUGACCAUUAAAGCCAGGGACUCCAAGAAGGCUGGAUACAGUGUAAACCACAGUCACAACCUGUUUGCGGCCCAAAGGAGCAAGUGAACAACCCUGUUGAUGAAAACUUUAAUGUGCAGGCAGCAAGCCUCCUGCAAGUAGUGGGCCUACAUGCACUCAUUAUUUGUCAAAAUUGUUACAGAUAUUUUUCUAUUGUUUAUAACAGAUAAAAAAAAUUCCACCAGUUAGCAAGCUCAAUUGCUAAGGUUUAGCGUAAUCUUUCAUACUGGAAAUGCUGCAUCUCGUUAGUUAAAUUUAUAUAUAUUUCCAGCAAUGCAGUGCUCUAUUAAUAGUAGUAAUAGUAUAGUGGAUAUUCUGUCAGGGUUAAAAAAAACUGCAUUGAUUUGCCUUUUCUGACAUUAAAGUUGGGUCCAUAUUUAUACCAUACUGAUACUGGGGCCUCUCACAGAAGCCUUGUUGUUGUUUCAGUGUUGUGCUCCCAAAGAUAAAAAGAGUAGUGCUUCCACAAGACAUUAGAAAAAAGUUAACUAAUCUCAGUUUAAUCAAUUUAUGCUGUCUUCUAGUAACAAAGACCAGCUGGUAGUCCUCAGUAUUUACACGGAGAACGUAUGAAAUCAUUCAUUCUAGUGAAUAUGAGUUAAGUAAAGUUGCUCAUGCAGAUCACUGAAAUGGUUCCUGUCUGCAACACCUGCUGGGCAUUUGUCCAGAGACUCACUAGAAGAAGGUCAUGUAAAGGAGAGUUCUCCAUUAGCAAGAGAGAAUAACUUUCAUGUGAUAUACAAUAGAGGAAAUGUGAGAAAUCAGCCAACACCACAAGAUCCACAAAAGAUUUAAAAAACUACUAUAUUUUAGUAGGAACGAAACAGUAACUUUAUCUACACUGGAUUUGACCUUCAACAUCUUAACAACCUGGCAGGAAAUUCAGCACAGUGUGCAUCUCAAUACAAAAAACACAGUCAGUGGGAUCAAUACAUUCUGUGCAAUCAGAGAGGGGGGAAUCAAUGCAAGCUGCUGGAGAGAACUCCUCGUGCAUGUAAUGAAUAUUUCUGCAUGUACUGGCAGGAAAAAGGAACAAGUAGAGUCUGAGUGAUGAAGCAUCCAGACUACUUUCCCCGGACGUCUCUCAUUUCUUGUAUUUGCAGCCAACUGAAAGAACAGAACUACAAUGAAUAUAAUACUGAAGAUGAAACAGCUCAGCUAAAUUUCUAUACAGGUUCUGUUUUAAUAUUUCCUGUUUGACCAGGUUCGGCUGCUCACACGUACUUUAGAGAUUGUAUUUCCUGCUUUGAGAUAUUCAUAUUCAGUUCAUUUAACAAAGAACUACAGUUUGUCUUUAACCUACCACAUACUUAACAUAACAAGAUGCAGUAAUGGUUAAGUUGCAGCUGGUUUGGAACCGGUAACUGCAACUUACUGCUCUCACCAUCUUUUCUAUUUGGAACUAUUUGAGGUGGCUGUAGCUCAGGAGGGUUAGCAGGCCAUCUACUAACCGAAGGGUUGGUGGUGAGUGCUCAGGCAGUGUGAGGAAGGUUACUUUUAAAAUGUAUUCCACUACA